AUGGCUCCUCCCGCUGUGUUGAUGGUAGGAACGGGCGAGUACACCACCGGCUACGUCGGUGGUGCUGCCUCGACCUCUGACAAGAAAGUCGGUGUCGUGGGUCUGACGCUGUUCGACCUGCGUCGUCGGGGCAAAGUGGGCGAUUUGAGCAUGGUUGGAGUAUCCGGCUCCAAGUUCCCCGGCAUCCGCGACCACCUCCACCGCAACAUCUCGCAAGUCUACAACAACCUGGACACCAGCUUCACCUCGUUCCCGGCGGACCACACGACGGACCCGGAAGCGUACAAGGCGGCCAUCGACGCGCUGCCGGCGGGGUCGGCGAUCACGAUCUUCACGCCGGACCCGACGCACUACCCGAUCGCGCUGUACGCGAUCCAGCGGCAGAUCCACGUGCUGAUCACGAAGCCGGCGACGCAGCUGCUGCGCGACCACCUGGACCUGCUGGCGGAGUCGCGCAAGCACGGGGUGCUGGUGUUCAUCGAGCACCACAAGCGGUUCGAUCCGGCGUACAGCGACGCGCGGGCCAAGGCGGCGCGCCUGGGCGACUUCAACUACUUCUAUAGCUACAUGAGCCAGCCCAAGUCGCAGCUGGAGACCUUCAAGGCCUGGGCCGGCAAGGACUCCGACAUCUCCUACUACCUCAACUCCCACCACAUCGACAUCAACGAGAGCAUGGUCCCGGACUACCAGCCCGUCAAGGUCACCGCCAGCGCCUCCACCGGCACCGCCACCGAGCUGGGCUGCGUCAACCAGACCGAGGACACCAUCACCCUGCUGGUCGAGUGGCGCAAGAAGGACGGCAGCGGCCGCUUGGCCACCGGCGUGUAUACCGCCAGCUGGACGGCGCCGCAGAAGGCCGGCGUCCACUCGAAUCAGUACUUCCACUACAUGGGCUCCAAGGGUGAAGUCCGCGUGAACCAAGCCAAGCGUGGCUACGACGUCACCGAAGAUGAGCAGGGAUUGAUCUGGGUGAACCCCUUCUACAUGAAGUACGCCCCGGACGAAGAGGGCAACUUCGGCGGCCAGACCGGCUACGGAUACAUCAGCUUCGAGAAGUUUAUCGAUGCUGUCACCGCCCUUAACGAGGGUCGCGUCACUCUAGACCAGUUGGACGCCAGACCUCUGCCCACGCUGCAGAACACCAUUGCCACGACGGCGAUCCUGCACGCCGGUCGCGUCUCCUUGGAUGAGAAGCGGUCGGUCGAGAUCGUCAGUGCCGACGGCCAGUGGGAGUUGAAGUAA